CCUACCUCUAGCCAGCCAGCCAGCCUAGAAGAGAAACUUAAAGUGAGCCUAGGUACCCUUAAUAAGUGAGCUACCUAGGAGGUAGGUACUGAUAGGUGAUACUACCCCGUAAGAAAUACACCAGUACUUCGGGGCGUGCUUCUCCGGAGUCAUCGUUAUCUCAGCAUAUACAAUAUCUUCAUCCUAGUAUCUUAACAUCUCCUUGCCUAAUGGUUAUUCAACCACGCCGUCAGUGCCGCCAACGAUGAACUACCACCCCGCAUCCCAAGUCGUGGGAUAUCGUGAUACUCUAUCUCAGCCCCCCCACACGCGAUCUACGCGUCGGUGAAGGCCUCGUCGGCCUCAUUUUCUAGUAUUAGAUCGGUUUUCGUAGUUUCGACGUCCUCAGGCCUGCCAAGCCUGUCAAGUCUAUCAGUAUGGCCUUCUUCAACUCCUUCUGGAGCUCUAACAUGCCCAAGCGGCUGCUACGGUAUACCCUAUCGAAGCUGGAUUAUCUUGAUACCGACGCCUUGGACAUGGACAACUUAGAUCUUGCUAUGGGGAAGAACAACGUCUUCACAUUGCAAAAUGUCGGGAUUAAACUCCAGAAAUUAGAACAGUUACUACAGCUUCCGCCGUCGUUUGAAAUCCAAAAAGCCAAAGUCUUAUUACUCCGAAUCACCAUACCCUCUGCUAUAUAUGCGAAUCCUAUAACCGUCGAAGUCGAUGGCGUCGAGAUAAAGUUGAGCCUCACUUCCCGAGACGAUAACUCUAGGAGAGUACCGAAAGGCCCCGCACGUACGCAACAGGGUCCUACAUCAGAUGAGGGAGAUCCCGUUCCGCAUCCCAUCGACUUAGCUCAGUCCUUCUUGGAGACGCAGCCUUCGAAAGAUAAGGCAGCACUUCAAGCUGCGCUCGAAGCCGAAACCCAGGACCUUGGUGCUUCCACUUUAAGUAGCGAGGAUGGAAGCGAAGAUGAUUACCCCCUGGGAACUGGUCAACCCCUUUCCCUUCCCACAUUCCUCGCCGAUUUUCUGCAAGGUAUACUUGACCGGCUAGAAGUCUCUAUCAAAGGCGUCACUUUUCAUCUGGACGUCGAAGUUCCACCCGAACCCAAUUCAUCCGUCCCCGAAUUGGUUACUUUCCAAUUAGCGGUCGAUGAAGUAAAUGUGGAGGGGGUCACAAAAACAGCAGAUGAGAGCAUCAAAGAGGGGAAAUCUAAAAUUGCCUAUAAGGAAGGGAAGCGAUACGUAGGUUUAAAUAAGAUUCGAGCAAGCUUGAUCUCCGAAGCGAACGUCUUUUCGACCCUGGCACGAUCGCCGUCAAUACCUUCCUCUCUCGAAGCUGAUUCGCCGGCUGUGACUCAACAGCAGAGUGUUUCUCGGGAAUCUAUGUCGAAGUCGAUGGCUAUGCCAGAAUUACUAUCUAACCCCAACGACCUCGGAGAAAAUGAGCAUCGUGAUCAGGCAAUGGAUACUGAAGACGCUUUUAAUAUACCAUAUGACUUCAGUGAAUCAAACGAUGGGCACGACGAAGACUCAAUAUCUACGCCAUCAACGCCCCGAGCUCUUGCACCUCAAAUUCUACAAGAGGAUGAACUAAAGUCGGCAUCUUCCAUGCAUUCUGUACGAUCGUCUAUAGAUGCACCGCCAGAGCGUUGGUCUUCUUCAGCACGCAUCGUUCAGUCCGAACCGGCCUUAGAGCAUCGAGGACGAUGGGGUCAGGAUUCUGUCGAGUCGUCGGGAAGCACUGAAGACCGGCCUAAUUUAUCAGUUGAAAGCGAUGAGACAGCUUCCUUCAGCGAAGAUCUGACCCGAUCCCAUUUAUUCAGCCACGAGGAAGCCGAGAGCAUGUAUAUGAGCGCCUUCUCUCAGGCUUCGUCUUCCCAAGCGGACAAGCCUGUUCAAACUAUGCCCGGCGGCUGGGAUUCAGAUGCCUCAAGUGCAGAAGACUCGCCUCCUCCGCAUUCUCGAGAACCCACGAUCGCCACAUCUCAACAGUCUCCCACCACUAAUCACCAUUCCACACCAAGUAAAGGCCCAUUAAUAGACUCCGAGACUGACCCCAACCCUUUCGUCGGUAACCUUCGAGGGGCAAAACAGUCAUAUGACGACCCGCACUCCAACCCAGGGGGGGAAGAUGCUUCGGCAGAAAUCGCAACACCAAAAGGACCAAGAUCAGUCAAAGAACUUGUUUCAUUGGACACUAUCUCGCUUUACAUUCCUUCAAAUCAUCAACAUGUACAGGUAGCAUUUGCUGGUGAAGAACCGACCGCCCGAGCAUCUCGACAGCACUUAGGCCGAUCUGUUUCUCCAAAUUUCCCAGGAGCUUUCUCCAUCUAUUCAGGCGAUCAUCAGCCGACUGCGUCAAUAGCCUCGACCAUUGGUGCACAGCCCCCCAAAACACCUAUUGACAUAACACUUGAGGUGAUAAUAUCUUCCCUAGACAUACACUCCGACCUUUCGACGGGGUUCUUGUUGUCGGUUGUAGUAUCGCGGAUCCUUUCGGCUUUAAAAGAACAGCCUCCAACUCCGCCUUCUAAGCAAAAAGGCCAAGCUGAAAAUAAGAGCAACGCGUCGCUCACACCCGACAUAAAAAUCGUUACUGAAAAUAUCACUAUACGUUUUCUAGAGAAUCUGGUCGGGAUCACAGACACACCUGAUCGGUUGUUCAACCCCAAUCCCGCUUCGUUCAACGCUGAUGCUCUUCUUACCGUGGCUAUCGAGAACUUGAACGUGGAUCUUUCAGGUUCAUCUACCCCCACGAAAACAUCAGUAAAUGUAGGUAAGUUUAAGCUCGGAUAUAGGAACGACGACAUCAUCUCGUUUGAUCAACGCAUACAAAUGCGGGCUUCCAUGAAUGAUGCAUUCCCUCCUACCGGUGCCGAUAUAUCUGUUCAAUUCAGCCAAUGGCCUACGACAACAAAGUGCGAGGUAACUACCCUACCGCUUUAUGUUAAAUUAGAUCUUCAACGACUAGACGAGACAUUUAGUUGGUUCGGGGGCUUGAGCGGUUUUUUGAACAUGAGUUCUUCGAUGACUUCAAGUUCUCCUCCACCUCCCCGUGUUCCUGUAAAAUCGCCAUCGAAAGCUCGUGGGGUAAGGUUUGACGCACCUAUACGUCCAGACGACGUAUCUGCAAGCUCCGAGAAUAAAAUGAACAUGAGGUUAGGCGGUUUUCGUUUAGAUGUCAUCGGCAAGGAGUGUAGCGUGUCCCUAGAUACGACUGCCGUAAAGUUGGUCAGUCGGGAAGAAGGGAUCGGUAUCGGCAUUUCCAAGAUACACCUCGCAGGCCCAUACGUGAGACGUUCUAUGGGUGACCCUCCAAUCAAUGCUGUGAUUACGAAUACUCGCCUCGAGUAUCUCAUGACACCAAAAGACAAUGACCUGGAAAGACUCUUAGAGCUUAUCAUACCAUCUAAGUAUAAAUUCGAUCAGAACGACGACGAAAUCAUGGUGGACACUCUACUUCGGCAAAGGCGGAAGGGCGCUGUAUUACGCGUCAAUGUGGAUGGCAUUAAAGUCAAUGUUGGUAAAAUCCAGCAACUCGAAGUAUUGUCUACGUUAGGUGAAGAGGUUGCACGACUCUCCACUGUUGCUAAGUACUUACCCGAAGAUGACCGACCAGGCAUACUUACCCUAGCUCUAAUCCGUAGCCUGGAUGUGACAGUGGAUAUUGAUAGAAAAUUCGGCUCUAUACAAGCGUCUCUAAAGGACGCGGAAAUCGGCCAUAUCACCAUUCCUUCUUUGGUUGCUCUCGGGGUAGGCUCUCUUUCAAUCGUCCGGAACCACAUUGAAGAAUUAGUCGGUACAAGCACGUCGUCUUUCGAUAAAGGAGGCCGCGGACCUGUCUUGACUAUGAGGGUGAUCGGGGACGAGAUGGAGCCGGUUGUCAAAGUCAGGAUGCGUAAUAUCAAUAUCGAGUAUCGUGUACCAACCAUUAUGGAUAUCCUCGGUCUCGCCGAAGAUACUACUCCACAAGAUUUCGAGGCAAGCCUGGCAGCUUCGGUAGCAAAUUUAGGCGAACAUGCACACGCAGCUAUCACGGGAAAGCCACAAAACCGCUUGCCAGUUCCAGACGAGACCAAGGGUAAAGAUGGAAAGCCAACAAAAGUAGACUUCAUCUUCAGAGACUGUUUACUAGGCUUGAAUCCACUUGGGCUUAAGUCAAAGAUGACCAUUGUGUUAACCGAUGCUCACUUUGAAAUCGCAUUGUCUAACGGGGAUGAUGCAAAAGCUCUGGGCCAUCUGAAUAAGGCAUCCAUUCUUCUUAUCGAUGACGUGUCAAUACUGGAAUCUAAAGAUUCUGCAUCGACUGCCAGACGACGCAGCUCAAACACCCCUUCUCCGCAAGUGGUGGAGUUGUGCCAGCAAGGGUAUGUUGAUAUUUGUUAUAUCUCGUCAGCAAAGAUCGCAAUUCUGGUUGGUGCGAACCAGAAAGAUGGAAGCAAGUGGGUUGACGUCGAAAUACGGGAUGAUCUUCUUGUCCUGGAGACAUGCGCCGACUCGACUCAGACUCUGAUUGCUCUUGCUAAUGCACUUACUCCUCCGACGCCUCCAAGUAAGGAGAUAAAAUACAGAACAAAAGUUGUACCUGUCGAGGAUUUACUUGCUUCUAUAUCUGCCGACGCAUUUGGUAGGGCUGAGGGUGACUACGACUUCGAUAAAGAUUUUGGACUGGCUCAGAACCUGGAUGAGACUGAUAGUGAUUUUGGCAUUGGAGAUUCUGGCCAGUCAAGUCCUUUGGCUGUCGACUCUCGCUUUUACGACGAGUCUUCAGUUGAGGCCAAACUCUUCGAGGCGACAGGUUCUAUGAUCUCGGAUGGGACGAGAACGCAAGAUACAACAGACGGUGUUCUACUCACAAAUUUCAGCAGCCAGCCAGGUAUGAUUGAUGAUGACGAUGAUCUGGCCAUUGAUGAGAACUAUUUUGGCUCGGGAUCCGUGAUAGAAGAUAACACUCACCGCUGGAGUUCGACAAAAAACGCAUACGAUGCAGCCAAUAAUCAAAAGGUUCGUCGUAGCCCUCUCUGUGUCCGUGUACGUGAUGUCCAUCUUAUAUGGAACCUCUUUGAUGGUUAUGAUUGGAACCGCACCCGCGAAGUCAUCUCAAAGGUUGUGCACAAGAUCGAGUCCACGGCAGUUGAGCGGCAGUCGCGUCACGAUCGCGCUCGUGCGAGUACCGAUAUGGAAGUGAUCGAAGAAGAAACUGAGAUCGGAGACUUUUUGUUCAACUCGAUAUACAUAGGUAUUCCUGCAAAUCGAGAUCCUCGGGAGCUCACACAUGCUAUUAACCAAGAACUAAACGACGCUACCACCGAAACCGAGUCAAUAGCCACGACAGCAAUGACAGCUACACCUAGCCGACAAGGCAAUUCUUAUCGAAACAAGAGGAAGCUAAAGCUCAACCGCAGUAAACGGCAUAAGAUCACCUUUGAAUUAAAGGGUAUCAAUAUAGAUUUAGUCACGUUCCCCCCCGGUUCUGGCGAGACUCAGAGUUCAAUCGACGUUCGGAUCCGGGAUCUUGAUGUUUUUGACCUCGUUCCAACAUCGACCUGGAAGAAGUUCGCAACAUACGAUCAAGAUGCCGGAGAGCGGGAGAUGGGUACGAGUAUGGUCCACCUGGAAAUAUUAAAUGUGAAACCACUUGAAGACUUGGCAGCAUCUGAGAUUGUUCUGAAAGUCACGGUCCUGCCACUUCGCCUCCACGUCGAUCAGGAUGCUUUAGACUUCAUCACAAGGUUCUUCGAGUUUAAGGACGAUUCAACUCCAAUCCACGCCUCGCCCAGCGAUAUUCCCUUUGUGCAGAGAGCCGAGAUAAACUCUAUACCCGUGAAUCUGGACUUCAAACCGAAGCGUGUCGAUUACGCGGGCUUGCGGUCGGGUCACACGACCGAGUUCAUGAAUUUCCUAGUCCUAGAUCAAUCGCGGAUGGUCUUAAGGCGUACCAUCAUAUACGGAACCUUAGGGUUCGAUAGACUCGGAAAGACGCUAAAUGAUGUAUGGAUGCCUGAUGUAAAAAGGAAUCAGCUCCCUGGUGUGCUUGCCGGUCUUGCGCCUGUUCGCUCUUUAGUCAAUGUGGGAAGCGGGUUCAGGAAUCUGAUCGAGGUUCCAAUCAGGGAAUACAAGAAAGAUGGCAGGAUAGUCCGCAGUAUAAGUAAAGGUGCCGUGGCAUUUGCCAGGACAACAGGUACAGAGAUCGUCAAACUCGGAGCGAAGCUGGCCGUCGGCACACAGUAUGCUCUACAAGGUGCAGAAGGUAUGCUAGUCAAGCAGCCACAACAUCACCAAGUCGCAGGAUGGGAUGAAGAAGAAGCAGACGCGGAAGAGCCCAAACAGAUCAGCCUCUAUGCCGAUCAGCCAACAGGGGUUAUCCAAGGAAUUAGGGGUGCAUAUGCGAGUCUAAGGCGUGAUCUUAACAUGACAAGGGACGCCAUUAUAGCGGUCCCCGCGGAGAUCAUGGAGAGUCAGAGCGCUCAAGGAGCGGCCAAAGCCAUCCUUAGGCGGGCACCGACAAUCGUUUUUAGACCCCUUAUCGGUUCAAGCAAGGCGAUCGGACAGACUCUUAUGGGAGCUACAAAUGCAUUAGACCCUCAGAAUAGGAGGAGGGUAGAGGAGAAAUACAAACGGUGAAGGUGCUUUUCUGGUUUAUUACGACCCAGCAUUCUUUUUUCUUUUUUUUUUUUCCGGCGCGGAGUACGGAUACAUCGCCUGUCUCUUUUGCUGUCACCUUGCCUGCGCGCAAAUCUUGCAUGUAAAACUCCACGAACAAUGCAUCAUAGAUGGGCGGACAGAUUAACAUUGCACUUCCACGAGAUUGGCUGGACUAUUGUUUAAAUUUCUCAUUGCCCGGGCUAUGAUUGAUCGGUUUCUAAAGGGGAGGGGAGUCCGCAAUAGCAUUAGUACAUUUACAUCGGUAUCUAACUGAUCUGAGAAUUUAUCUGCGUGGGGCUGUUACGACGACUAGCCUCUAGGUAUAUGAGUUAUGUGGGUUAGAUCUGAAUAAUGGGCAGUGGAGAUGAUGUAGGUUACUACCUCCUAAGGGUACUACAUAUACUAGAAUACCAUAUGCAAAUUCCCACAUACGACCAUAAGAUCUAGAAAACUCGGGAUCCCGUCCGAUCUCCCCUCGACAAGCUGGAUACUGCCGGAUUAGUAGUUGGGUCGGUGACGACCAGCGAAUCCC